UGACACAUUGGACAUUUGUCUCCGUCUCUAUUUCCCAUGAAGCCUAAAUAUAUAAAUCACCCCUCUUGUCCAGGUUUCUCCUCUCCUCUACUACCGACUAGUCUCCUUCUAUAUAUAUCUUCAUCUUCCUUCCGUCCUUGUUUGGGGAAUUUGAUAGAACGAGGGAUGGGGGACUUGGCGAGAUUAGAGCUUGAAGAACUCUACCUGGGAGUCCCCGACGAUUCCGUCAAUCUCACCUUCCAACACCUUGCAGACGUCAAACAAAAGCCUGCAGGGAAGAAGAAGCCCACCUCCGCUGUCACCAUCAUGGAAGCCAUUGAAGAAGUUAAAACCCCCAAUCACGCCUCUUCGCCAUUGAAAAAAUUACCCAGCCUUGAUUUCAAUCGCGCCUUACAACCAUCCAAACCUCACAAUCUCCAUCUCCAUCCAGAUCAUCAUCAUCAUCCUCGUAGUAGUAACCAUGUGGUAAAGAGUAGCAUCGGAGCAUUAGACGACAUAAGCGGCGUGAGUAUGGCUUCCACCUUUCCAGAUAGAGGCGGACGGCGUCGGCCUGGAAUUCCUCAUUCCAGUAUCUGCACCAUUUGCACCACUUACAUUUAUAUUUUCAGGCACCGGUGCCUCGUUUGUGGAAGGGUCUACUGCAGGAACUGUGUAGCCUUGGGCAUGGGAGACAUGACGGAAGGAAGAAAAUGCCUCGACUGUCUGGGCAGAAGAUUCAGCCAACGGUACAUAAAUAAAGCAGGGAAGGUUGGGUGUUGGUCAAGGUACCCAGCAAUGGUUAAGCAAGCAGAGCUCAAAUGGGCUGAGAAAGGGCCUAGGAGGAGCGGUGAAAGAGGCAGCUACAGUCGCAGCCGUGUUAUCAUGUCCAGAUCAAUGGACCCCCCUACCAGGCCCAGGCCACAUCGUGGAAGUGGAACUAGGAAUCCUCCUAAUUCUUUUGUCAACCCGUCCUCUCCUUAUUCCCCUAAUUAUGCUACAAGGAAUCCUCCUCCUUUUGUCACUCCGCCCUCUCCUUAUUCCCCUUAUACUACUCCUACUCACCAUCACCUCCCACUUUAAUUAUAAUCCUAUAUAUAUAUUCUGUAAGCUAAAUACAUCACCGGAUUGUUUUUAUUUUUUGGGUAUGUAGUGUUGUUUCAUGUGUGUUCCGUGGGGUGAUGAUCAUUGAGCAAGGAGACCACUUGAGUAUCAUUAUUCCACUUGUUAUUUCAU